AUGGAAUUGUCUGCUAAUAAAUCUCUUAACAAGGAGAACAACAACCCUGUAUUAGUACCCACUCAAUACGAUAUGAUGUAAAAAGAAGGUAUCUUUGCUAAAACCAGUUCAUCAAUACAUUCUUAGCAUAGAUUCUACUAUAGAAAACAGAAGCAACCCAUAGUUUAACCAAUUCAGAAUCUUAUAAUUGGUCAUUCUAACAGCUCCCAAUCAAUGCAUAAGGAUAUUGAGAAAAUAGCUAAACAAUUAUAAUCUUAGCAUAUUUAAACCAUGACUCAAUUCAAUUUCCCCCAGCCUCUAAAGGAAAGAUACCCAACUUAGUAUUCGCAUUCCUCGAAUACCUAAAUCGCCGAAGUCUUGGAAAUGUUUGAGAAAGAAAAUUUAAUGAAGAUUCAAUAGAUCAAGCCAUGUACUCCUAGAAGACUAUUGACUCCAUAAGUCAAUACUAAGUUACCCACCUUACAUAUUGAGAAUAAGAGUAACGACUAGGAGAACCAAAAUGAAAAGACGAGUCAUUUAUUGAAAAACAAACUCCUAUUUAGGAGAACGAUAAAUCCUUCCGUAGAUAAGAUUAAGAAAUUAAAUUAACCUGCGACGGAAGUAAGACAUAAAAGAAUAGCUUCUUAGAUUUUGAAUAACACUGAAAAUUUAAGUUUGCAUAAACCACUCAAAGACAGAAUCAACAAGGUCUUGAAGAAUUCACAUUAAAUUUUGUAAAUUUGCAACAAAAUACCGGAGAUUUAGGAAUAAAUAUCUGAAGAGCAACUAUUGGAUUUAAUAAAUUCUGAUCAUUUUAAGAUAGAAUUCCAACAUCUUGUCAAUAAUUCACAAGGUUCUAAUUAGCCAAUGGAAUUCAUCUUAUAAAACUUUAUGAUUGAUCAAAUAAGAAGGAUGAGAGAGUUGAAGGAAGCGGAGAAUAAUUUAGAAUAAAAAAGAUAAAACUUCUCACGCUUGCUCACCAGUUAUAUACAGGAACUCAAAGAGAAAUUAUGA